CAUAAAUAACUUCAGCAAAUCAAUAUAAAUUUUUUUUUUCAUAAUUAAAGAUCGUAUUAACAUAAUUUAAAAUGGGUGUCUACACGUUCACAACAUUCGAAGAAACCAGCCCUGUUGCACCAGGAAGGUUGUUCAAGGCUUUAUGUCUUGAUAACCAUAAUGUUCUUCCUAAGGUGUUACCUAAUGUUAUUAAAAGUAUUGACUUUGUUGAAGGCAACUCUACUUCUGUUGGAUGUGUUAAACAAUUUAACUUCGCUGAAGGGGCUCCAUACAAGUAUGUAAAAGACAAGAUUAACGAGCUUGAUGUGAAUAAUCACUAUGUCAAGUUUACAAAUAUCGAAGGUGAUGCUUUGGGCGACAAACUUGAUCAUGUUGUUUAUGAAGUCAAAAUGACACCAAGUGGCUCGGGAACUCACUAUAAAAUGAUCGCUCAUUAUCACACUAAGGGUGACGCUGUUAUUACCGAGACGGAUCCCAUUGUUAAGGGUGGAAAAGAAAGCAUGCUUAAUGUCUACAAUGCUGUUGUAGAGCACCUUUCCAAGAACCCUAGUGCUUGUGCUUAAUUCCAAAUGACUACCUUAAAAUGUAUGUUUACGAAUGGGUGUGCGAAUAAUAGUUGUACUAUGUAUUGUAUGAGUUGUUCUCAUCUUUUGUUACGUUGUCUACUCGUCCUAGUUUAUAGAGUUAAAGUGUAAUAAAGCCCAUUCUUCAAAGUUAAAUAUUUAAAAUAUACUUCUAAAUAAUUUACUUUUAGACUUGUCAAAAAGACUAAUCAUUCUCUUUUACA